AUGGCAGAAGUGCACCCAAGGCCCGGACUCUACAAGAUCUUCGACGAGAUCCUGGUGAAUGCUGCAGACAACUACGUGACCAUCAACGAAAGAGACGGUUGCAUCAGCAUCGAGAACAACGGCCGCGGAUUGCCCGUAGAGGAACACAAGGAACACCAGAUGUACGUCCCUGAGAUGGUAUUCGGACACCUUCUCACAAGCGACAACUACGAUGACAGCGAGAAGAAG